GAGGCGCCGGCGGAGGCGGCAGAGGCAACGCCCGACAGCGCGAGCGGCGCAACAAGAGGGGUGGCCGUGGACGGGGCGGUGCCGACGAGGCCGUCCUGGCCGAGGAGGAGGAGGAGGACAGGCGGUACUUUGCCGAGGUCUGCUACUCGUUGAUGGCGUACAACGAUGACGCCACCUCGGAGCUCAGCGCGAUAGAGGACACCUACCGUGGCGUGACGGAUCCGAUGGACCAAGCGCUGCUGCCGACCUGGAACACGUACCCCAAGAUGUACGCGGAGAUGAAGGUGGCCGCACGGAUCAACGCGCAUUUCCUGGCCGGGCUGGUCACCUCGGACGAGAGCGCGCAGGAGUUCGUGGAGAUCCCCAGGUCGCACCAGGUCCAGGACAGCAAUGCGUCGAAGACGCGCACCGUCCUGCGGCAGUUCGUGCGCGACUGGGCCGCCGAGGGCCAGAUGGACCGCGGCCUGGGAGGAGAGCGGGACUCCCAGUACGGCGUCUUGCUGAAGGCUCUUCAGCAGCACAUGCCCCUGCCAGAAGGCGGCGUCCCCGCCGACCAGGAGCCGCCGCGCGUGCUGUGCCCCGGCAGCGGCCUCUCCCGGCUGCCCUUCGAGGUUGCCCGGCUGGGCUACUCCGCGCAGGGGAACGAGUUUUCGUACCACAUGCUGCAGGGCAGCAAGUGGGUCCUGAACGAGACGAGCAGCACCCUGGAGAACGCACACCAUCUUUCCGUUCGUGCUGAGCCUGGAGCAUCGCAAGAGGGGGCGGAGCCAGCUGCAGGCCAUCAAGAUCCCCGACGUUUGCCCCGCCAUGGAGCUCAACCCGGACCGGAUCAUGAGCAGGCCGCAGGACUUCUCCAUGUCCGCGGGCGAGUUCGUCGAGGUCUACCAGCCGCAGGUGAGGGAGUGGGACAGCGUCCUCACGUGCUUUUUCUUGGACACGGAGCGAACAACGUGUUUCUUUACAUCCGCACCAUCGCGCUGAUCCUCAGACCCGGCGGACUGUGGGCCAAUCUCGGCCCGCUGCUUUAUCACUACGCGGAAGGGGGCGGGUAG